AUGAGUGCAGGCGGUUUGUUCAGCGGUGUGUCUCUCCCCUGGAUGUCUCACCUGACCGUGGCUAACCUGACCCUGACCCUGGGUCUGGGGCUCCCGGAGCAGUCCGUCCUCCAGCCGGCGUGGGACUACCUCCUGCAGCACCACCAGGCUGAGCUGCGGAGCCCUCUGUUUCCUGUGGUCAUCUCUGUCUCUACCUACCUUCUUCUGGUGACCCUCUACACCCUGCUAGACCUUCUGGCCCCCAGCUGGCCAGCCCUCAACAGCUACAAGCUCCACCCAGACAGACCUGUCACCUGGGACAACAUCUGGACCACCCUGUAUCUCACAGCCUACAACCACCUGGUCUAUAUCUUCCCUGCUGCUGUGGGCCAGUGGCUGUGGAGGCCUCCUAUCCCGCUCCCCCGUGACGCACCCACUCUAAUGAGCUUCCUCCUGGGCAUCCUGGGGUGCAUGGUGGUAUUUGACUUCCAGUUCUACCUUUGGCAUCUUCUACACCACAGAGUCCCAUGGCUGUACCGUACCUUCCAUGCCAUGCACCACCAGUACCUUCAGCCCUUCAGCCUGGUUACCCAGUAUGUGUCCGCCUGGGAGCUGAUCAGCUCGGGCUUCUGGACCACUGUGGACCCCCUCCUGCUGCAGUGCCACUGCCUGACCGCUUGGGGCUUCAUGGUGUUCACCAUAUGUGUGUCCACUGAGGACCACUGUGGCUACGACUUCCCUUGGUCGCUGCACCGCCUGGUGCCCUUCGGCCUGUGGGGCGGACCCCCCAAACACGACGCUCACCACCGGAUGCCCGGGACAAACUUUGCCCCGUUCUUCUCCCACUGGGACUGGCUGGGGGGGACUAACAUGGUGCCCACCCCCUCCAAAGAUAAAUAUGUUGAGGAAGGUCUGAAAGGGAAGAAGGAUAAAGGACCUUGA